UCUCUCUCUCACACACACACACACACACACACACUCUCGUUCACUCUCUCCACCAUGCUCCAAACACACAAACGGACAGAAAAGCGAAAACACGCCGACUCUCCGAGCUGACUAUACGUAUUCGUGUGGCGUUGGUCCAGACUGACAGCAGUGCCAUCAGCGGUAGACCCACACUGGGACAUAGAGGACAGACAGGGAGGGUGUCUCCGCUUUUGAGGAAGGAUUUUCGAUCGUUGUUGCCGACAUACGAGGCGGAAAUACACAGUUAUUGCUGCGAUUGUUUUGGAAUAUAAUCAGCUCUAAGGAUUAUUGCUGGACAAUUGGAUACAAUCUCCCAAAUCAUCAGUCCUUCCUCAUGAAGUAAGAUGGGGAAUGGAUUGUCAGAACAACCUAGCUUCCUCUCCAACGUCCCGUUCUUCCAGUCGUUUCACAUCGCCAUCCUCGGCCUGGACUCCGCAGGGAAGACCACCGUUCUGUACAGACUGCAGUUCAAUGAGUUUGUGAACACGGUGCCCACCAAAGGUUUUAACGCGGAGAAGGUGAAAGUGUCUCUGGGCAGCCACAGGACUGUGACGUUCCACUUCUGGGACGUCGGUGGCCAGGAAAAGCUACGCCCCCUGUGGAAGUCGUACACACGAUGCACGGACGGCAUCAUAUUUGUGGUGGACUCCGUGGAUGCAGAGCGCAUGGAGGAGGCCAAGACUGAGCUCCACAAAAUCGCCAAGACCACUGAAAACCAGGGGGUACCCCUGCUGGUGGUAGCCAACAAACAGGACUUGAGACACUCUUUGGGACUUGCUGAAAUUGAGAAAGUUCUGUCACUGAAAGAACUUGGCCCUGCAACUCCCUGGCACCUGCAGCCAACCUGCGCUAUCAUAGGCGAUGGACUCCGGGAGGGUCUGGACAGACUCCAUGACAUGAUCCUUAAAAGGAGAAAGGUGCUGCGGCAGCAGAAGAAAAAGAGAUAAACCAUGUCAUGAGAAAGACUUGUCUGCUGUUAUAUGUGAAGGAAACAAAGAGUAUUCUCCUCCUGGGUGGAUAAAGGCAUCCACUGCAGGUCCACAUUCAAAAUGCUGAGUUUUAUCAGUCCAAAAUUUAGGUUUUAGGAUUCCCUGUCUUGGUCUUGUGAUGAUGCUGUUGAGCAGGAAGUGAGACUUAAAGAAAUACAGUAUGAAGAUGAGAAAGUUUCAGACAUGUUUGGAUAUGAUUAUAAAGAGUUUAUAUGGAUUUAAAAGCACUGAGGGUUUGGGGUCUGGAAGGGUGGUGGUGAGAACUUAAGGAUGCUGUAUGUUUCAUGAAUGGCUGUUCCAAACAAUAUUACCAAAAAUAAUUUAAGAAAAGGCUUUGACUAGUUGAAGGGUUAUUUGGUAAAUGAUUGAACAUUGUUACACCAGAGGGGCAACAAAAUAUACAUCAGUUUUAUUUUACUGUUUUAUAUGUUGUAUAUAAAGUGUUCAUUUUUUACACUGGACUUUCUUUGUGAAAGAAAAGUAUUAUCAUGCUUUACAGCAUUAUUAUUAUGGCUUGCUGUCUUAUAUCUCAUUUUUUAAAAAGCACUUUAGAGUAUCACUUCUUCGUAUGAAGUUUACAGUUUUUUUAAAUAGAGCAUAUUGUGUUGGAUUUUACAGAAAUGUUUGGGCAAAAUACAACAGAUGCUACUGUAGUUGGUCCACAUUGUCAUUAGACAGGUUAUGCAUUAAGUUUUGCUUAAUAAAACAUAUUUAGAGCAAGGUUGACGGUGAAAUGGAGGGUGUUAUUAUGUCCACAUUGUCGUUCUAUUUGAAAAGCAAAGAAGUUCAGAAUUGUAACCUGCGAUUCCUUUAGCUUGUUUGAAUCCGUAGGGAGCGACAAAAAACAGGCAGUGUGUGAAAACAUCUGUUAAGUGUGCCCUUUAACCGUGCACCAAACCACCAGUUUCCCCAGAACUAGUUCUGUCAUGUGAAUGUGAUACAAGGGGUUUCCUAAAAACAAAAACAAAAUGCCUGCUCAGUCAACCUAUGCUCUAAUUAUCACUUUGGAAA